CUUAGACGAUGACAAGCCAUCAUGGCACGCGGUCGGAGAUGUUGUCACUGAAUAACUGAUUUAACGAAUUUAUCGUAAUGUUACAAAUUAUACCUUCUUUAUAUUAACUACUUGUUUAAUCAAGUUUAUACGUUUUUCUACUUUACUUUCUGUGUUCAUUGAGUUAAAAAAAUUAACAAGAAACAAUGGUUAAAUUAACCGAAGAAAUGAUUGUGGCACGUACACGAAUGUCAGAUUUUUCUGCCGUAAAGAAGCUCAAUUGCUGGGGAUCGGAAUUAACAGAUGUAAGCAUUUUACGUAAAAUGGAAAAUGUAGAAUUAUUGUCAUUAAGUGUAAACAAUAUUGACACGCUUGCUGAUUUUCAAUACUGCCACAAUUUGCAAAGUCUAUUUAUUAGAAAGAAUAAUAUCAAAGAUCUAAAUGAAGUUUGUUAUCUCCAAGAGUUGCCCAAUUUAAGGAAUUUAUGGCUUGACGAAAAUCCUUGCGCAGAAAAAGAUGGAUAUCGACUGACUGUUCUUCGAACUUUACCAAAUCUCGAAAAACUGGAUAAUAAAGUAGUAUCUCCAGAAGAAGUGCAAACUGCGUUGUCAAGAGGCAGGGUACUCGUGCAUCCGCUUGAUAUGGAUGCAUCUCCGCCACAAUCAGAAAUUAUUAGUCCAGAGGAAGUACCUGUUGAGUAUAUUGAAGAAACACGUGUGGAAAAGCAUAGGAGAUAUAGUUCAUCUAGCGACCAGAGAAGUUACGAUGAAAUGCAUCAUACGCAAGAAGAGUAUCAUGAUUCUGACAGAAGAAAUGCAAACUGUAAAACAUCAUUAACUCAUCAUUAUGCUCCAAGCAAUCAGUACGCAUAUGAGCUUCAUAAUGGGCAAUCAAAAAGUCAAAAUAAAGAUGAGAACAUGUCUACAGAAUCACGCAAUUACAUUGAGACUUUGGCUACUAACAGUCUUGAUAUACCUAAGGAAAACGAUGAUCAACCAGCAGUGUCAAGACAUAAUGGUGAUUAUGAUGAGAGACAAGGAUAUUCUGAAUUUGUUAAUAAUGAUGCAUCUCAGCAUUUAUAUACGUCACCCUCGCCACGUACUCAAUACAGUGUUAAAUAUGAAACUCAAGAAGAUAAUCGUUUUGACAGGAAUAAUUACGAGUAUGACGAUAAGAGGCAGAUAGAAUGCGAUGAACCAUUACCUCAACCAUCGUCUCAACAUAGACGAAUGCCAACUCACCAUAGUACUGAAAGGGAAGAUACAAGUCAAGUGCCUGGUUGGGUAAGACAUUCGGAUAAGGAAAAAUGUAGACCGCAAUUUCAUUAUCAUAGACGACCAGUUACAAGAAACUCAAAUAUACUCUCUGCUGUAUUAUGCCUAGUCAAAGAAUUGGACUAUCCCAGUUUGGAAGUAGUAGAAAUGGCAGUUAGAAAUCGAAUGGAUGAAUUAGAAGAAUGAUGUUUCUGACGCCGUCCUCAAAAUCUUCAGGGGACGGUUGGCUUUUCUCGCGUUGGCAGUAUUACUUCUA